CCGGGGACGGAUAUGAAGGACCUUGAAUUGAAGAAAAUGGUGACUGUGCCACUUUUUACACGACAUUCCAAAUCAACUUUAGCCGCAAUGUCGACGACAUCAACAGAAGACUUUGAGCGGUCUUGCGACCAGGUGUUUAACAAGUUACAAGAGCUGGCGCAAGAGUUGAAGAGCCAUGAUCAUGAGGAGAUUCAUUUUAAUAUCGAGCAUGCUGCUCAGUAUGUGGAGCAUAACAAAAUCGGCGUGAAGUUCAAGGAGCAGGUGCGUCUUCUGAACGGCGACGUAUCUUACGAGCUCAUUUGCGCCAUCAAUGAUUGCAAUACGCACUUGAACGAUUGUAUGAGUAUAUGCAAGCGAAUGGGGACACCAAGCUGGAGUACAGAGCAAGAUUCGCGACUUACCAUGUCAUGGACAUUCGUUUAUGCCAGUCUGAGCAAAGCUGGAUUGAUAUUGAAGCUCAAACCUUUGGAAGCGCAGGCCUUUUUGGCGUUCAACAGGCAACAGCCGUCCUUUGAACCCCCAACAAUUAGUCGCCGAGAAUCUUUCAUGAGUAACGCAGGCUCGGAAAACUUUACCAUUGAGGGCCGAGCCGAGAGACGAGAGCGCGCAGAACGGCAACGGCAAGGCCAACGACGGGAACCGAUGCUGGUCACUCCUACGGGAACAAGAUUGAGAACCCAACCGAACCGCACGUCUACUUCGGUCCGAUCUAUUACUACGAGCACGUCAUCAGCUUCCUCUUCGACAGCAUCACUUCGUCUACCCACAAGACCUGCUGUCCCAGAAAGGGAGAAGUGGGUGAUAAACCCUUCGAUAAUCAGUACUCCCGGGACUCCACCACCAGAGUAUACCCCAAUACCAAAGGACACAAGACCAGUAAUACCGCCAGACGAGAAGCCCCCUCUCCCUCCACCAACGCCAUCUAUGCCUUCACCUCAGCCAUCAACGAAGUCUGUCCGAACCGUUGCUUCGGAACCUCAACUUGCAGCUCCAGGUCCUCCAAGCCACCAUACUCAUUACACUGGAAAUGUGUUCCACAUAUACCAAGGAGUCCCAAACACACCACCGCCUCAGGCUUGGCAUACUCCUCGGUAUUUCCCGCAACAACCAGGACCGCCAGUUUGGCCAGUGCCUUUUCAACAGCCAGUUCCACAACCAUAUCGACCGCCACGAGUCGCAGCGUAUAGGCCAAGUCGGUUAUCGCUUCGUGAGACAGCGGCGCUACAUCUUACGCCUAUGCCUGGACUGGCGGUCGACAUCAUGAAGCCAGAAGCACGGUGUACUCAUGGGGUUAGGCACUUCAAGGGUCAUCCGCCGUGUCAGUGGGGUUGCUGUAAUGCGCGGGGAUGCGGACAGGUCUUUUACUGAUGUAGCCUGACAGUAGAUAGGCUCAAUGCUCGCUUAAGAUGGCUGUCUAUACAUUUCUAUGAGUCGGGGCAUGGGUGGUACUUGAAGAUACAAACUUUGAAUCCUUCGCACGUUGUCGACAGGUAUCUAAUGCGAAUCUGGCAACUCCAUCCCUCCUUGAUCUUCUCCCAACGCACGGCCAUUGAUCUCGACUGGCGUUGCAUGAAACAAGAUGAAAACAAUCCUAGCCCACUCCUCAGUCCUGUUGAACCACUGGUGAUUGGUACCUCUCUGGAUCACAACAUCUCCCGGAUGAAUAGUUCGGAUCUCCCCUGAAUCCAGCAAACAUUCCAGCUCGCCAUUGAUAAGAAUGCCGUAGUCGAGACUGACGGUGCGAUGCAUCUGCGACUUUGAGCCUGGAGGAAUAUCACAAUACCGCAAGAUGGUACCGCCAUGCUUCACCAACCCCGACUUCUGUUUGUUUGCAUAGGCCUCCUUGAAUGUUAAAAGAUCUUUGUCGUUUGCGAGUGGUAUGGGUAGUCCUUCGGUGACGUAGCCAAGCUCAAAGUCGGCAGAGUUUCCUUCGCCUGCACUAACUUUCCAGAAGUUCAAUGGCUCGUCGAGGUCUUUGGAGUAACAUGAUU